CUACACUGUAGUUAAAAUAGAUCUUCUAUCAUGAAGGUAAAAAUAGCGUCUUACCAAACGGAAGUGUUGUUCUGCAAAGAAUAACGAAAAUGAGGAGUCUCCUGUAGUUCCUUUUAAAACAAUAUGGGUGAGAACCGAGAGAUUCAGAAGGGAGUAUGGGAAGGACGUAUCCCGGUUGCCUUUCAUCUGUCUGAGGAAGACACAGAGGGUGAACGCCCAGAACCAGUUUAUCUAAUGGUGCCAAGGAUCAGUUACUUCCCUUUACACACAGAGAAGAUAAACAAGCAUUUUCUUAAGUAUGCCAGUGAAAAAGAGUCAGAAGAGAUAUGGUUAGAACACGACAAUCAACCACUGAAAUGGCAUUAUCCAGUAGGGCUACUGUUUGAUCUUUAUGGCUCAGAAACUUCUCUCCCAUGGACUAUCACGGUUCAUUUUAAGGACUUUCCAGAGGAGGAACUUCUUCACUGCGUCAGUAAGGACGCAGUAGAAUCACACUUCAUGUCCUCCAUUAAGGAGGCCGACUCACUGAAGCACAGGGGACAGGUAAUUAACAGUAUGCAGAAGAGGGACCAUAAACAGCUGUGGACAGGUCUCCUACACGAUAAAUUUGACCAGUUUUGGUCUGUGAACAAAAAACUGAUGGAAUCCAGUGGGGAUGAAACAUUUAAAUACAUUCCAUACAGAUUAUACAUGGUAGACAGACAUUACAUGACUAACCUGUUUCGUCCUUUAACUGAGGAAGGGCACCACCAAUCUCUGAAACAUCUCCUCCUAUCAGCUGUACCCCAGUUCUUCAAUGAAGAGGAAGAAUUUCAGAAGCAUGUUAGAAUCCAUGGUACAGAGCCCCUGUUGGACACACCCAUUUUGUGGCUGUCAGAAAACUUCAGCUUCCCGGACAAUUUUUUACAUCUAGUGAUAAGUGACAAAUAAAUUGGUUCUUUUACCUGAAUGCAAUCAAAUUGAACCAUAUCAGCAACUACCUAAUUUUUUAAAAAUGUUUUAAUAAAAUAGUGCUUAGUUUAUGCAAAUGCUUGAAAGUAUGCAUUGGUUAUAUCUGAGUGUCCUUCUAAUUUUAGAAGCAAUGGAGCUGAUCAAGGCUCUUUGCAUUUAAGACAUUGAGAGGUAUUUAUUGUUUAUUGGUUUGUUUUUUUAAAAUAUUGUUAAAAACUUCAAAUCUAUGUUAUAGCAUACACAUUCUAAGGUUGAAAAAAAUAUGUAUGUAUGUAUGUAUGUGUAAGGCCACAACAAUAAUAUGUCUUGUUUGUCAGACAUCCACUGAAAAAAGGAAGGAGCGGGCGAGCGAGCGAGUAAAUAAUAAAAUCCUUUUUAUUUGUAAGCAAAAUGUUUAAGUGGUACAUAAACUAAAGGACUAAGUGCGGUUUUAUGCAAUUUUUGCCCCCCAAAAUCAAAGUUUUAGAAAGAGCUUUAAAAUUAGGUGAAAGAUAGUUAAAAUCAUAUUGAAAAUAAAGGUGUAAAAGGUUAUCACCACAGUGACGUCAUAAUGUAGAAAUGACGUCAUGAAUAUUGCAUUAUUUUGAUAAAUUGAUGUUUUGUAGCAAAAUAUGGGUGUUUUCCGAUGGUUUUUCGACUGGGAAACAUCGAGCGCAGGCUUGCUCAAGUACCAUUUUUUAGUAUAAUAUGUAUAACUAUCUGAAGAAAAACAUAUGUUAAAAUCGCACUUGAGCAGACCUGCGCUCUAUACUUCCGAAUGCAAAAUAUAGAGCAAAAAUGAGAAUAUCUUCAUUUGUUUGCAAAUUUGCGGGAAUUCGGUCAUUUAAGUGACGUCAUAGAUAAACAGCGAGUGAGCAAUGAUGACUAAAAUCAAGAUUAAAGUUAUAGGCAUCCUCUUUACAAUGAUUUGUGAAGAUUUUAUUUUCAUACGAUACUAUUUAAAAAUUGGUUGAAAUCGGGGGCAGAUAUUUGACCAUACCGCACAUAGUCCUUUUUGUGGAUGGUUAUAUUUUUUAUACGGUCUUGUUUCUGAUUUAUGUAUUAAAACUAUUAAAGAUAUGCAAAAUAGAGCGGAAAUAGAAAAGAAAACAGCGCAGAAUUUCCUGGAUGCUGGAAAUUAUUAUUAUUUUUUACAGUUUUAUUAAAAUACGAGUGCGCGGGGUCCGACGAAGAAGAAAUUAUAUUGAUGUGGCCUUAAAGCUAUUGCCAUUAAUAACCAAAUGUUUUAAAUGCCAAACUUUUAUUGGCUUAGAUAGAUUAUGAGUACAGAAAAUAAAAGAGCACUUGAAAAAUGAAAUAACAUCACAAUUGGAAUAAAGCAUACACUGAUUUGGUAUUUCAUACUGAGUAAAUCAUUUAAAGAUAGUAUAAGUUGUAAAUUACAUAACUCACAAAGAGUAUAUAAUGAAUUUGUAUGUACCUAAUUGCUUUUUUUCAUGGCUUGAUAUUUUUGUACUUGGCUAUGGAACAUGUAUAAUCAGUAAGAAUAUUGACAUGACAGAUGAAAUGUGUCCAAAGGACUUAUAUUAUAAAGACAUAAUUUUCAAUCAAGUUGAAAAUAAAUGACAAUGGAAAUUUAUAUUGGUUGUUCCCUUGUUUGUGCAACUGGUGCAAGUACACUAUACAUUUAUAUAUAUAUAAGCACUAAAUGUUGCUAACGACAUGAACGAUUGAAAUAGUCAAAUAUUCGAGACAACCAGUCGCUUCUUUAGGACACAAAAAAUGAAUUACAAAGAAACGCCUUGGUAACUACAUUUUGUACAGUUUUGAAUUCAAUGUUUAUGAAGGUGUUGCCUAUUCGGCCGAUCGCUUUGGAGUCGAUAGAAGUUAACAAAUAUGUCGUUAUAUAUUUUUUGCAAUAUUGUGAUAGCCUAUAUAAAAUUCAUUUAUAUGAUUUUUUUUUAUGAGAAAAGAGUGAAAUAUUGUUGAACUUCAUUUUGCUUGAAGAAUGAUAGCUAUAUAAAUUGCCUGAAUUGUUUGAUUAAU